AAAAAUGUUAUCGGUAAAUAAGGGUCGGAUUUGUGCGACUACUGAGUUUACUAAUUCUGAUGGAAUUGUACGACAACGACAUUCUUUCUUGCGAUUAAUCAUCUUGUUCUUUAACCGACCCGUAAUGCUAACAGGGUUACGGUUGGGUUUAACUAUGUGUGUUUUGUCAAAAUACGAGAAAUUUGGUUUCUUCUUACUCAUGCUGAGCGUUGCGUUUUAACUUUUAAGUUCGUUCAACAUUUGGUUUCAUAUUUCUUCUCUGUUUUGUAAUGUCAGUCAAUAUGCUUGGGUUGUUUCGUUGUGUUCGAUCAGCUACACGUUUCAGUCAAGUGCCACGUUUUCCCUUAAUUACCCAAAGAGCCUUCGAAAAAGGAACUAAAAUUUCAGAAUGUGGAUUUCACACCACAAGUCCCAGGGCUGCCAUACCACCAGUUGUUUUGAUUGUUUUGAGGCCUGCGUUGAGAGUAGUUGCAUUUUUUGCUGGAAGAAAUUUUCGUAAGUGGUGGCGUUCCUUACCAAAAGACAAGCGUGAACAUUACUGGUCUAGGAUCAAAGAGAAAAAAUGGAAAAUUUUGGGUGGAGGAGCAGUAACAAGUGCAAUGGCUUACUGGUUUUACAUGUCACACCUGGAAGUUGAACCAAUAACUGGUAGAGAGAGGUUUUCUAUUGUUUCUACCAAACAAAUUCAAGACCUCUCCCAAUUGGAGUUUCAAGCCAUAUGCACCGAGUACGCCAGCCGCAUUGAACCCAUCAAACACCCGUAUUACGCUCGGGUGAAACGGGUCGCCGAUCGUUUACUGUACGCCAACAAGCACUUGCCGCAGAUUUAUACGAAAACAUGGACAAUAACCGUUUUGGACGAUCCGAGAAAUAUGAACGCGUUCGUGUUACCUAAUGGAAACAUUUUUGUUUUUACGGGCAUGCUUGAUUUCUGCACAACAGAUGAUGAAUUGGGAGUGGUCUUAGGUCAUGAGAUAUCCCAUUGUCUCCUCGGCCACGCUGCUGAAAAUGUAAGUCGAGAACAUCUUUUGGAGGCCAUCAAACUGGUGCUUAUCGCUCUAGCAUGGGCCUUUCUUCCUUCAGAUAUCUUAAGUUUGUUGGGCUACGGUGUCGGAGCGGGAGCUGUCAACGCCACACUUCGCUACCCUUAUUCAAGACACCUGGAAAAUGAAGCUGACCAAGUUGGAAUCCACUUGGCAGCAAAGGCUUGUUUUGACGUUAGAGCUGCACUGGCGUUCUGGGAUAAGAUGGACAUUAUCCACGAAUUAGACCUACUUGCAUCGCAAGAAUGGCUAUCGACACACCCCAGUCACAAAACUCGAGUGGCGAAAAUUGAAGAGCAGCUUCCGGAUGCCAUAAGCUUCCGAAAAUAUUGCAAGUGCCCUGAUCUUCCUCCUCAAGAUCCCCGUCAGGAAAUCGCAUCUUUUCGUCAGGCAAUUUCUGAAUUCAAGACUUAUAGACCACCCGUCGGAGUUUUCUUGGACGUUCCUAAUAUGGCCGUCUCUGCCAUUGACAUUGAAUCAUAGUGAAGUUAUUUUUUUGCUACUUGGAAAACCUGCUGCAAUGCUAUGCCUAAUUUCACUGUUCAACAUAUGCUACAUGCUGGUAUGGUGCGGGGGGUGAGGGGCGGGGUCAACAAAGAAAAAUUUGACUGAUGCAAUGGCGUUUACAAUUUCAUACAUUUAUUGUAAUGUAGAAUUUUGAAUCGUUACUAUACAUAAUAUGAUAAUACUUUCAAAA